AUCUCUUCAGGGAAAUUGACUGUUUACAUAAAGUGUAAGACAUCCUAAGUGAGACCUUGCAAAUCAUCUAGGAAAAUGGUGGCCCUGUCCUUGAAGAUUUGUGUCCGCCACUGCAAUGUGGUGAAGACCAUGCAGUUUGAACCGUCUACGGCAGUGUACGACGCAUGCCGAGUCAUUCGGGAACGGGUACCGGAGGCACAGACUGGCCAAGCUUCGGACUAUGGGCUGUUUCUUUCGGAUGAAGACCCCCGGAAAGGGAUUUGGCUGGAGGCGGGCAGAACACUGGAUUACUACAUGUUACGAAAUGGGGAUAUUUUGGAAUAUAAAAAGAAACAGAGACCUCAGAAAAUUCGGAUGCUGGAUGGAUCUGUGAAGACGGUGAUGGUGGACGAUUCCAAGACAGUGGGAGAACUCCUGGUGACUAUCUGCAGCAGGAUAGGAAUAACAAAUUAUGAAGAAUACUCUUUAAUCCAAGAAACUAUUGAGGAAAAGAAAGAGGAAGGGUCGGGUACGCUCAAAAAAGACAGGACACUGUUACGAGAUGAGAGGAAAAUGGAGAAGUUGAAGGCCAAGCUUCACACAGAUGAUGACUUAAAUUGGCUGGAUCACAGCCGAACGUUCAGAGAACAAGGAGUGGAUGAGAAUGAGACGCUGCUGCUUAGACGGAAGUUCUUUUACUCUGAUCAGAAUGUAGACUCCAGAGACCCGGUGCAGCUGAACUUGCUUUACGUUCAGGCUCGGGAUGACAUCCUGAAUGGCUCUCACCCUGUCUCCUUCGAGAAAGCCUGCGAGUUUGGUGGAUUUCAAGCUCAGAUCCAAUUUGGACCUCACGUGGAACAUAAACACAAACCUGGAUUCUUAGAUCUAAAGGAAUUCCUGCCCAAAGAAUACAUCAAGCAGAGAGGAGCUGAAAAGAGAAUAUUUCAGGAGCAUAAGAACUGUGGAGAGAUGAGCGAAAUAGAAGCCAAAGUCAAGUACGUCAAACUCGCCCGGUCCCUCCGCACAUACGGUGUGUCCUUUUUCUUGGUGAAGGAGAAGAUGAAAGGCAAGAACAAGCUGGUGCCUCGCCUCCUGGGGAUCACCAAAGACUCAGUGAUGCGUGUGGAUGAGAAGACCAAGGAAGUGCUGCAGGAGUGGCCUCUGACCACGGUCAAGCGCUGGGCAGCCUCGCCCAAGAGCUUCACGCUGGAUUUUGGGGAGUAUCAGGAAAGCUAUUAUUCCGUACAAACCACAGAGGGAGAGCAGAUAUCCCAGCUUAUUGCUGGCUACAUUGACAUCAUCCUCAAAAAGAAACAAAGUAAAGAUAGAUUUGGUCUAGAAGGCGAUGAGGAAUCAACAAUGUUGGAAGAGUCUGUUUCCCCCAAAAAGUCCACCAUCUUACAGCAACAGUUCAACCGAACCGGGAAGGCAGAGCAUGGCUCAGUAGCGCUGCCAGCUGUGAUGCGCUCGGGCUCCAGCGGGCCCGAGACCUUCAAUGUUGGCAGUAUGCCCUCGCCACAGCAGCAGGUCAUGGUUGGGCAGAUGCACCGAGGCCACAUGCCGCCACUGACCUCAGCCCAGCAGGCCCUUAUGGGGACCAUCAACACGAGCAUGCAUGCUGUCCAGCAGGCCCAGGAGGACCUCGGCGAGCUCGACUCACUGCCACCUCUCGGCCAGGAUAUGGCGUCCAGGGUGUGGGUUCAGAACAAAGUCGACGAAUCCAAACACGAAAUCCAUUCUCAAGUUGAUGCGAUCACGGCUGGAACGGCUUCAGUUGUUAACCUCACGGCUGGUGACCCUGCCGACACUGAUUAUACAGCUGUGGGAUGUGCAAUCACCACUAUUUCUUCCAACCUGACGGAGAUGUCCAAGGGCGUGAAGCUGUUGGCGGCCCUCAUGGACGAUGAGGUGGGCAGCGGGGAGGACUUGCUCAGAGCUGCAAGGACCCUCGCUGGGGCAGUGUCAGACUUGCUGAAAGCUGUGCAGCCUACAUCUGGAGAGCCUCGACAAACAGUUUUGACCGCUGCGGGGAGCAUCGGACAAGCCAGCGGGGAUCUUCUGAGGCAGAUCGGAGAGAAUGAGACUGAUGAACGGUUCCAGGAUGUCUUAAUGAGUUUGGCCAAAGCUGUGGCCAAUGCUGCCGCCAUGUUGGUCCUGAAGGCGAAGAAUGUCGCCCAAGUGGCCGAAGACACGGUCCUCCAGAACAGGGUGAUCGCCGCUGCCACCCAGUGUGCCCUUUCCACUUCCCAGCUGGUGGCGUGUGCCAAGGUUGUGAGCCCCACCAUCAGCUCCCCCGUGUGCCAGGAGCAGCUGAUUGAAGCAGGAAAGCUGGUGGAUCGCUCGGUGGAGAACUGCGUCCGUGCCUGCCAGGCGGCCACCACUGACGGCGAGCUCCUAAAGCAGGUCAGCGCGGCGGCCAGCGUGGUCAGCCAGGCCCUGCACGACCUCCUGCAGCACGUGCGCCAGUUUGCCAGCCGAGGCGAGCCCAUCGGCCGCUACGACCAGGCCACAGACACCAUCAUGUGUGUCACUGAGAGCAUCUUCAGCUCCAUGGGCGAUGCUGGUGAGGGCGCUGCAGCCAACCCAGAGAAUGAGGACCAGCAGCAGAGGCUGAGAGAAGCGGCGGAAGGUCUCCGGGUAGCCACGAAUGCCGCUGCCCAGAAUGCUAUUAAGAAAAAAAUUGUCAACAGACUGGAGGUCGCGGCCAAACAGGCUGCAGCAGCCGCCACGCAGACCAUCGCUGCCUCCCAGAAUGCGGCCGUUUCCAACAAGAACCCCGCGGCCCAGCAGCAGCUGGUCCAGAGCUGCAAGGCAGUGGCUGAUCACAUCCCUCAGCUGGUGCAGGGGGUGAGGGGGAGCCAGGCUCAAGCAGAAGACCUCAGUGCCCAGCUGGCACUCAUCAUCUCCAGCCAGAACUUCCUCCAGCCUGGAAGCAAGAUGGUGUCCUCUGCCAAAGCUGCCGUGCCCACCGUGAGUGACCAGGCCGCAGCCAUGCAGCUGAGCCAGUGCGCCAAGAACCUGGCUACCAGUUUGGCGGAGCUGCGCACUGCCUCGCAGAAGGCCCAUGAAGCCUGUGGCCCUAUGGAAAUUGAUUCCGCUCUGAACACCGUGCAGACACUUAAGAACGAACUGCAGGAUGCCAAGGUGGCUGCCGUGGAAAGCCAGCUGAAACCACUCCCAGGGGAGACGCUGGAAAAAUGUGCUCAGGACCUGGGAAGCACAUCUAAGGCUGUGGGCUCCUCCAUGGCGCAGCUCCUGACCUGCGCAGCUCAAGGCAAUGAGCACUACACAGGAGUGGCUGCUAGGGAGACGGCCCAAGCUCUGAAAACACUGGCCCAGGCUGCCCGUGGAGUGGCUGCUUCUACAAGUGACCCUACGGCUGCCCAUGCCAUGUUAGAUUCUGCUCGGGAUGUGAUGGAGGGCUCCGCCAUGCUCAUCCAAGAAGCCAAGCAGGCCCUGAUUGCACCUGGAGAUGCAGAGAGUCAGCAAAGAUUAGCUCAGGUGGCCAAAGCUGUCUCACACUCCUUGAACAACUGUGUGAAUUGCCUCCCUGGACAGAAGGAUGUGGACGUGGCCUUGAAGAGCAUUGGGGAGUCCAGCAAGAAGCUGCUGGUGGAUUCGCUACCUCCAAGCACAAAGCCUUUCCAGGAAGCCCAGAGUGAACUGAACCAGGCAGCAGCCGAUCUGAACCAGUCUGCCGGGGAGGUUGUCCAUGCUACCCGGGGCCAGAGUGGAGAGCUGGCUGCAGCCUCUGGAAAGUUCAGUGAUGAUUUCGAUGAAUUCCUCGAUGCUGGCAUUGAGAUGGCUGGCCAAGCUCAGACAAAAGAAGACCAGAUCCAAGUGAUAGGAAACCUCAAGAAUAUCUCCAUGGCAUCCAGCAAGCUGCUGUUAGCUGCCAAGUCUCUCUCUGUAGAUCCAGGAGCUCCCAAUGCGAAAAAUCUCCUGGCUGCAGCUGCAAGAGCUGUGACAGAGAGCAUCAAUCAACUCAUCACUCUAUGCACCCAACAGGCUCCUGGCCAGAAAGAGUGUGACAAUGCCCUCCGGGAGCUUGAGACGGUCAAGGGGAUGCUGGACAACCCUAAUGAACCUGUCAGCGACCUCUCUUACUUUGACUGCAUUGAGAGUGUGAUGGAAAACUCCAAGGUUCUGGGUGAGUCGAUGGCAGGGAUUUCACAGAACGCCAAGACCGGGGACCUCCCUGCCUUUGGAGAAUGUGUGGGAGUUGCGUCCAAGGCCCUCUGUGGACUGACGGAGGCCGCAGCUCAGGCUGCAUACCUGGUCGGCAUCUCUGAUCCAAACAGCCAGGCAGGCCACCAGGGCCUAGUGGACCCCAUUCAGUUUGCCAGGGCUAACCAGGCGAUCCAGAUGGCAUGCCAGAACCUGGUGGACCCUGGCAGCAGCCCGUCACAGGUCCUGUCUGCUGCCACCAUUGUCGCCAAGCACACCUCGGCCUUGUGCAAUGCCUGCCGCAUUGCCUCAUCCAAGACAGCCAACCCCGUGGCUAAGAGGCACUUUGUCCAGUCUGCCAAGGAAGUCGCCAACAGCACUGCCAACCUGGUGAAGACCAUCAAGGCCCUGGAUGGGGAUUUCUCUGAAGACAACCGCAAUAAAUGUCGCAUUGCCACUGCGCCCCUGAUUGAAGCCGUGGAGAACCUGACAGCAUUCGCAUCAAACCCUGAGUUUGUCAGCAUUCCUGCCCAGAUCAGCUCCGAGGGCUCCCAGGCGCAGGAACCAAUCCUGGUCUCAGCCAAGACCAUGCUGGAGAGCUCAUCAUACCUCAUUCGCACUGCACGCUCUCUGGCCAUCAACCCUAAAGAUCCGCCCACCUGGUCUGUGCUGGCCGGACACUCCCAUACUGUGUCUGACUCCAUCAAGAGUCUCAUCACAUCUAUCAGGGACAAGGCCCCUGGACAGAGGGAAUGUGACUACUCCAUCGAUGGCAUCAACAGGUGCAUCCGAGACAUUGAGCAGGCCUCCCUGGCCGCCGUCAGCCAGAGCCUGGCCACACGGGAUGACAUCUCGGUAGAGGCCCUCCAGGAGCAGCUGACCUCAGUGGUCCAGGAAAUCGGGCACCUUAUCGAUCCCAUUGCCACCGCAGCUCGGGGAGAAGCAGCUCAGCUGGGACAUAAGGUGACACAACUGGCAAGCUACUUUGAGCCUUUGAUCUUAGCUGCAGUUGGCGUGGCCUCCAAGAUUCUUGACCAUCAGCAGCAGAUGACUGUGCUGGACCAGACCAAGACGCUGGCAGAGUCUGCACUGCAGAUGCUGUAUGCAGCCAAAGAAGGUGGUGGAAACCCCAAGGCGCAGCACACCCACGAUGCCAUCACGGAGGCCGCCCAGCUGAUGAAGGAAGCUGUGGACGACAUCAUGGUGACGCUGAACGAAGCCGCCAGUGAAGUGGGGCUGGUGGGGGGCAUGGUGGACGCCAUUGCAGAGGCCAUGAGCAAGCUGGAUGAAGGCACUCCUCCAGAACCAAAGGGAACAUUUGUCGACUAUCAGACGACUGUGGUUAAAUACUCCAAAGCCAUUGCGGUGACGGCUCAGGAAAUGAUGACUAAGUCGGUUACUAACCCGGAGGAGUUGGGAGGACUGGCUUCACAAAUGACCAGUGACUAUGGGCACCUGGCUCUCCAGGGCCAGAUGGCAGCAGCCACAGCGGAGCCAGAGGAGAUCGGCUUCCAGAUUCGCACGCGCGUGCAGGACCUGGGCCACGGCUGCAUCUUUCUGGUACAGAAGGCGGGGGCCCUCCAGGUGUGCCCCACGGAUAGCUACACCAAGAGGGAGCUGAUUGAGUGUGCCCGUGCUGUCACAGAGAAGGUGUCCUUGGUGCUCUCAGCUCUCCAGGCUGGGAAUAAGGGAACCCAGGCAUGCAUCACAGCUGCCACGGCCGUGUCUGGGAUCAUCGCAGACCUGGACACCACCAUCAUGUUUGCGACGGCAGGGACACUGAAUGCUGAGAACAGCGAGACCUUUGCAGAUCACAGGGAGAACAUUCUGAAGACAGCCAAGGCCUUGGUGGAAGACACGAAGCUGCUCGUGUCUGGGGCUGCGUCCACUCCAGACAAGCUGGCCCAGGCGGCCCAGUCCUCGGCAGCCACCAUCACUCAGCUGGCCGAGGUGGUCAAGCUGGGAGCAGCCAGCCUGGGCUCCAAUGACCCUGAGACCCAGGUGGUGUUGAUCAACGCCAUCAAAGACGUGGCCAAGGCCCUUUCUGAUCUCAUCGGAGCUACCAAGGGAGCUGCCAGCAAGCCGGCCGACGACCCCUCCAUGUACCAGCUCAAGGGCGCUGCCAAGGUGAUGGUGACCAAUGUCACCUCCCUCCUCAAGACGGUAAAGGCGGUGGAAGAUGAGGCCACUCGGGGCACCAGGGCCCUUGAAGCCACGAUUGAAUACAUAAAGCAGGAGCUCACGGUGUUCCAGUCAAAAGAGGUACCUGAAAAGACAUCGUCACCUGAAGAAUCGAUAAGGAUGACGAAAGGCAUCACCAUGGCAACAGCCAAAGCCGUGGCGGCUGGGAACUCGUGUAGACAGGAGGACGUGAUUGCCACUGCCAAUCUGAGCCGGAAAGCCGUGUCAGAUAUGUUGACGGCUUGCAAGCAAGCGUCCUUCCACCCUGAUGUCAGUGACGAGGUGCGAGCCAGAGCCUUGCGAUUUGGGACAGAGUGCACCCUCGGCUAUCUGGACCUUCUGGAGCACGUCUUGGUGGUUCUUCAGAAACCGACCCCGGAACUCAAGCACCAGCUGGCUGCUUUCUCCAAGCGAGUCGCCGGCGCGGUGACGGAGCUCAUCCAGGCAGCAGAGGCCAUGAAGGGAACAGAGUGGGUGGAUCCAGAAGACCCAACUGUGAUUGCAGAAACAGAAUUACUGGGGGCUGCAGCAUCCAUUGAGGCUGCUGCUAAGAAGUUAGAGCAACUGAAGCCAAGAGCAAAACCAAAACAAGCAGAUGAGACCCUGGAUUUUGAGGAACAGAUUUUGGAAGCUGCUAAAUCCAUUGCUGCCGCCACAAGUGCCCUGGUCAAAUCAGCCUCAGCAGCCCAGAGGGAGCUGGUAGCCCAAGGAAAGGUGGGCUCCAUCCCUGCCAAUGCUGCAGACGACGGACAGUGGUCACAGGGGCUGAUUUCUGCCGCCCGGAUGGUGGCGGCUGCAACCAGCAGCCUCUGUGAGGCAGCCAAUGCCUCCGUUCAGGGACAUGCCAGUGAGGAGAAGCUCAUCUCAUCCGCCAAGCAGGUCGCCGCUUCCACGGCUCAGCUGCUUGUGGCCUGCAAGGUGAAGGCCGACCAGGAUUCAGAGGCCAUGAGGCGGCUACAGGCAGCAGGAAAUGCCGUGAAAAGAGCCUCAGACAAUCUUGUUCGUGCAGCCCAGAAGGCAGCAUUUGGCAAAGCUGAUGAUGACGAUGUCGUAGUGAAAACAAAGUUUGUGGGGGGCAUUGCCCAGAUCAUUGCUGCCCAGGAAGAGAUGCUAAAGAAGGAACGAGAACUGGAAGAAGCAAGGAAAAAACUGGCUCAGAUCCGCCAGCAGCAGUAUAAAUUCUUACCCACGGAGCUGAGGGAGGACGAGGGCUAAGCCAAGAUGGCGAGCCCCAGGGGCCGUCUCUGCCUGAACUGGACAGCAGUGCUCCUGAGAGGCUGGGCACUGCCCCCUGGGGUGAGCCCGGGGCCCCGAGCACCUGUUCUCACAUCUCUGUCCCGUGGCUCCAGCUGCAUGACGUGAUGUCUCACGGUACAGUGUCCCACCCACAGCUCCUCCGCCGCCUCCCCUCAUGCCUCACCGUGUCUCAGGAGAGAGGGGCACCUGUUUCGUGGACUGUUACCAAAAACGAGAAGUCAGUAUUAUGUCGUUCUCAGACACUUUGCUUUUGUGUCUCGGUCGUCUCCAGGCCUGCUCCUGGGCCACUUUGUGAAAUUGUAAUAGGCAAAAAAUAAUGGCUGGAGGAAGUCAUUGAUGUCAUAAAUCUUCAUAGGUAUUCUCUCCCUCUUGGGAGAAGAUGGAAGUUGGAGUUGGACAUGGUUAAUAAAAGACAGAAAAACAAGCUGGUGUGGACUCCGGAAGGGUGGCUGAGGCCCUCCUUCCGUGUCUGGAGCGCUGGCUCACCCAGGGGCUGCAGAAUCCCUGCCCCGGUUUGCACGCUUUCUUGCCCCAGUGUGUAAGCUCCUUGUACAAUCUAGACCCUUCUUGUAUUCCGUGGCCCAGAAAAUCAAACAAUUAUUUUUUUCCUCCGUAAUCCAAAGGGCAGAGUUAUGGGAGGCUGUCAGGCGUGGUGAGUGGGGGCUGUAAUAAAAUA